AUGGGUUUAAUAUCAACAGAUUCAGAUGCAAAAUAUGAUGUUGUUUCAUUAGAAAAUCCUGAUAUUUAUAAUGCUGUUAAUUAUCUUAAUUUAUAUGGAUAUAUACAUAAUUCACUACCUACAACUAAAGAAUUUUCACAUGCAAUUAAACGUUUUCAAGAUUUUAAUUCAUUAGAUGUUACUGGAAUCCUUGAUCUAGAAACAUUAUAUGCUAUGGGUAAACCACGUUGUGGUAAUCCUGAUUAUGUCAAAUCACAUAUUUUAAAACGAUCCAAAAGAUUUCAGACUGUUGCAAAAUGGGAAAAUAAAAUAAAGGACGGUGAAUUGUCACUAAAAUGGUUUAUAGGAUCAUAUACCAAAGAUAUGACACGAAAUGAUUUAAGGCAAACUGUUCAGAAGGCUUUUCAUGUAUGGUCAUCACAACAUAAAUUACAUACAGUUCCAAAAAAAUUUGUUCUAUCUUUUAGUGAAGCUGAAACAGAAAGUGAAGCUGAUAUUGUUAUUAAAUUUGCUGAAGGUGAACAUGGUGAUUCAAAAGCAUUUGAUGGUCCUGGUUCACCAAAUAAAGGAAAUAUCUUAGCUCAUACAUUUUUUCCUAAUAAACAAAUUCAUUUAAAAUUAAAUGGUGACAUCCACCUUGAUGAUUAUGAAUUUUGGAUAUCAGAAAAUUCUCGUAAGGAAGGUGUUAACCUUUUACAAGUUCUUAUCCAUGAAAUUGGACAUUCAUUAGGUUUAGGUCAUUCAAAAAAAAAACAAUCAGUCAUGUUCUUACAAUAUAAACGUGAUCACGGAAGUCGACCUAAACUAGAUAUUGAUGAUAUGUGUGGAUUAUAUUGGACAUACAUUGGAAAAAAUGAAAUGUGCUUACAGUAUUUUACAUUAUCAGAUAUCUCAGUGCAUCAUACAUCAAAUGAUUAUGAUGAGAUUGUUGUUAGUGAUCAAUUUAUGGAGGAAGGAAAUUUAAUUGAUAAAACAUCUGAUAUCAAGAAAUCUAAAAAUUUAUCAUAUAAAAAUAUUAAAAAUUUAUUUAAAAAUACUGAAGUGCCAUUAUGUAAACAUGAUCCAAGAAUUCAGAAACAUUUCAAAUUAAUGUUACAAAAACAUAUGUCUUUUGAUGAAGAAACCUCAACAAUUAAAUCACAAAUGAUGUGUGCAUUUUAUGAAGGUUUUCAUAAAAUAUUUAAUACUGGUAUCCUAUUAGAUAUGGAAAAAAUACGGAUACAAUAUCAAUUACAUUAUGCUAAACAUUUACCUUUUGUUAGUGAUACUUCAUCAACAAAUAGUAAUAAUGAUAUUGAUAUCUCAUCAACAAGUCCUCGAUUAAAUCCAUCUUUUUAUAAUGAGGAAUUUUUUGAUAAUUUGUUGCAAUUUUUGUAUAAUGAAACGGGAGAGAUAAAUUUAUGA